UCAGGAACUGAGCCCUACGGGAGCUGGUCUGGGCCACAAACAAUGCGGUUUUGGAGUCGUUUUCUCGAAUGGGGAAUGAAUGGGUUCUGGGAGAGCGCUAGUUAGGUGGGCCCUGACCUCUCCGCGAGGGUCUGCGCGCGUGCGCCUUCCGCAGCAUGGAGGACGAUGCGCCGGUGAUCUACGGGCUGGAGUUCCAGGCACGUGCUCUAACACCUCAAACUGCAGAAACAGAUGCCAUUCGGUUUUUGGUUGGGACGCAGUCUCUUAAAUAUGAUAAUCAGAUCCACAUCAUAGAUUUUGAUGAUGAAAAUAACCUUAUAAAUAAAAAUGUCCUCCUCCAUCAAGUGGGUGAAAUCUGGCACAUGAGUGCCAGUCCCUCAGACAAAGGCGUGCUGGCCACCUGCUACAACAAAACUUCAGACAGCCGAGUCCAGACAUGUGCAGCCGUGUGGAGGAUGCCCAAGGAGUUGGAAUCUGGCAGCCACGAAUCCCCGGAUGACUCUGCAAGCACUGCGCAGACCCUGGAGCUGCUCUGUCACCUUGACAACGGGGCCCACGGCAAUGUGGCCUGUGUCACGUGGGAGCCGAUGGGCGAUGGGAAGAAAGUCAUUUCCCUGGCUGAUAACCAUAUCCUGCUGUGGGACCUCCAGGAAAGCUCCAGCCAGGCUGUGCUGGCCAGCUCAGCAGCACUAGAAGGGAAGGGCCAGCUGAAGUUCACUGCAGGGCGGUGGAGCCCACACCACAACUGUACCCAGGUGGCCACAGCAAAUGACACCACCCUGAGAGGCUGGGACACACGGAGCAUGAGCCAGAUAUACUGCAUAGAGAAUGCCCAUGGACAGCUGGUCCGUGACCUUGAUUUCAACCCCAACAAGCAGUACUACCUAGCCAGCUGCGGAGAUGACUGCAGGGUGAAGUUCUGGGAUACUCGGAAUGUCACUGAGCCUGUGAAGACCUUGGAGGAGCACUCCCACUGGGUGUGGAGUGUCCGCUACAACCACUCUCAUGAUCAGCUCGUCCUCACUGGCAGCAGUGACAGCAGAGUUAUCCUGUCCAACAUGGUGUCCAUCUCCUCAGAGCCCUUCGGCCACCUGGUGGAUGAUGAUGAUGUCAGUGACCCAGAGGAGCACCACACAGAUGAGAAGAGUAAGGAGCCCCUGCAGGACAACGUCAUCGCCACCUACGAGGAACAUGAGGACAGCGUGUAUGCCGUGGACUGGGCCUCAGCUGACCCGUGGCUGUUUGCUUCCCUGAGUUAUGAUGGGAGGCUGGUUAUCAACAGGGUCCCCAGGGCACUGAAGUACCACAUCCUGCUCUAGGGACUCUUGUCACUCCAGUGGGCCCACUUGCAGAUUACAAAAUCCUGUUAGCUACUAGAGGCAAUUCCUUUCGCAAGUAGACCUCUGUGGGAGAACCAGCAUUGCCUUCAUACACAAGUUCUUAGGAGUGACAACAGGCUUCUACCACAGCUCACCUAACACCACGCACAGUGCUCGCUGAGGUGGGAGCCAUGCCCCUUUGCUGCAUGACUUGAUACCUGCCUAGUCACUGCUUGGUUUCUGUGACCUACCUGAGGGGUGUUUGGAGUUUCAUUUUUCACCAGUCUGUUUCUACCAUGUAAACUUACCUUUCUCUUGAUUAUAAAAUGAAAUAAAGCAAGUGAGGAUGGAA